AUGGCUACCUACAUACCUCCGAAAUCCUACUCACUUCCACCGUCUACGGCUUAUGUGUCAUCAAUAGUCAUUCCACCUGCUCGACCUGCAUCUUUAGACUCCAUAUCAACUGAAAGUUCAUGUCCAAACGCAGGAUCAAGAGCUUUAAGCGACUCUGAUCAGACAACGAAUAUCGACGAGGACUCCCGUAUCAAGCCGGUACAGCCUUGCAAUGGAGAAUCCAGGAAAGAAAUUGCUAAAGGGGGGGACUCAACCACCGAACCCCGGCGGAGUUGUACUCAAAGCGCUGGAAGAAAAAUUAUGAAAAGCUCCAGUUAUCGUAUAGAGACUGAAUAUCUCAAAAGUCCCGCCAUGCAUGCCUCUUUCGAGUUCGAUGAUGCCAAUUGGGUCAAAAUCAAAACAUUUCCUGAAAGAAUCAAGGACGGCAUUCGAACACUCUUAGAAAAGGGUUGGGAGUAUGGUAUCCGAAAAGAAGGUCCAUGCUCGAAAUCCGAUGAUGGUUAUUAUUCAAACUCAAGAAGAGACCAUUUGGUAGCGGAAGUACGUAUGUGGUGA